UCAACUGUCAAAGGGGCGCACGGCCAUCGUUGCAGGGACGGAAAAUUGGAAGGCAAAAGUGCCAACACCAUCGUUAGAAAAAUCGGAAAAUCGGCACCAAAAUGGUUGAAUCCAAGUCGGAAAAGGCUGAAAUCGGCAAGGAAAACAUAAACCCCGACAUCAAGGACGAAGACAUGGAUGUCGAUGAGGACUUGAACCCGGGAAAGGUGUUCAACAUCGAAAUUCUUCGGGUCAUCAAGGAUUUACAGCAGCAGCACGGUCUGCGCCAUGGAGAUUAUCAACGUUACCGGGGAUAUUGUUCCCGUAGGGUGAAGCGCUUGAGGAAAACUUUAAAUUUAUCCCAGGGGGAUAAGCGGCACUACAAGAAACGUGAUGUUACGUUGGCCAAUCUUGAGAGGGACAGUUCGGAUGAACGGUUGAUACAUAUUCCGUUGAUGUUGGCUGAGAGAGCCUGGGCUUAUGCGAUGCAGCUAAGACAGGAAUCGAAUACAGAGCCGAGGAAACGGUUUCAUUUGGUCGGUAAAUUGAGGAAGGCCACGGUUUAUGCCUUGCAGUUGCAGGAAUUGUGCAAUUCUGAUUUUUGCGAUGCAAGGACAAAGCUGGAGGCUGAAGCCUAUUCUGCCUGGAUUCAUGGUUCUCUGCAUUUCGAAUUGUCGCUCUGGAAAAAUGCAGCGGAAAAUUUGAAGAAAGCUCAGGUCAUUUAUGAGAAUUUGGCUCAGGCACUGCCGGAAGAGGAACAAGCUGUUUAUAAGGCAAAAGUAGACGAGUUGAAUCCUAGUCUACGCUAUUGCUCAUACAACAUUGGAGAGAAUGCAUCGAUGAACGAUCUUUUGGAAAUGCGUGGUCAAGGAAUGCUGGACAAUCUGAGCCAUUUGGUGGCUCAAACGAAAACGGAAAGUAUGGAAGCUUUUCAAACAACUGAAUGGCGUGGUCGUAAAGUUACGGUUCGUCCAGAGAAGGUUCGUCUGUUUCUGCUGAGCAUCCAAGAUUUGACCAAGAGUAUCGAGAAAGCUAAAGGUUAUCCGGAAAAAAUAGAGCUUCUUGAAAACGUUCUUCUAGACUGUAAAGAUGCCGUUUCAGCUAUUAAGGAUGAAAUCAAGCAAGACCCCAAGUUAAGAUCCAGUGGAGAUACCGGCACUAUGACAGCUACACAGUAUUUGCUCACUUAUUUGUCAUAUACAAGAUUGAAGCUUACACUCGAACGUAAUCUGUUCAUGGUUGCUCAGGGAAAACUCAGCCUAGACGAUCCGAAUGUGCCCGACAAAGUACAAAUCGAGGGCAAGAAGACCAAACCUCAAGAUUUGUCACGUUUGUACGAAAUUAUCCUGCAGAAUGUUUCCGAGAUGCAGCAAUUGCAGGGAAUGGAAGCAGAUCCAGUCUACCAAGCAGAAAUCGAAACCCUUACCCAGUCAUUUAAAUCUUUCCGCUGCUACUACAUUGCCAUAACGUUGUUGGCUCUGAAACGUUGGCGUGAUGCAGUGGCCAUGUACGAAAGAUCCACCAAAUAUGCUAACGAAGCCGUCGCCUCCAAAGCCAUUAGCCCAGAUUUUAACCUACGCGAUGAGCUUAAGAAACUUGUCCAAACCAUCGAAAGCUGUAAAUUUUCGGCUCACGCCAACAGCGUUCUCGAGGAAGACACCCAAGAGGAUUCGGUGCUUUAUGGAAAGGCUACCAAAUCUUCCAAACCCUUAUAUGAACGACUAUCGAUGUAUAAGGAAGAUCCUUCGCUCAAUUCCCGCAACCCAAAUGUCUACAAACUGACACCGGAAAUGCAACCGAUCCCAGCGAAGCCGCUCUUCUUCGAUCUGGCGCUGAACUUUGUUGAAUUCCCUUCGCUGGAGGACAAGAUUGAACAGAAGGGCGGCGACAAGCAGAAGGCCGGCAUGUCCGGUUUUGUUAAGGGUCUGUUCAGUUGGGGAGGUAGCGGUGGAAAGUAAACUGCAUUUGGGAUCCUUUUUUUUGUGACUUCAUGUUUUUUAUAUGUGUAUUGAAAUUUUCAAGAAAAUCAAUAAACGAUUGUGUCGCGAAAAAGUACAUUUCAAUCAAGAGCGUCAAUAAAGCUUACCUAUACAUUGUGUUUAGAAUGUA